UCGCGCACACAUCGCUCAGUUGACAACAAACCUCUAACAGUCGACAUCUACGUAGCCACAUCGUACAAAGACCUUCCUGCUACGACGACUACUACAACUACUACAACAGCAGCCACAUCUACUCGGAGUCGAGUACUACUGCUCAGAGGAUCUGUGUCAUUGAGCUUGCUCACUUCAACCGACGAUUUGAAAUCUUCUGCUGCUACCUGAAAGUUGGACUUGGAAUUAAAGACUUAACUUGAAACUAGAGGACAAGUAAAUCAUGUGCACCCAAAAAGGGAGCCCAGUGCAGUCCUACCCUGCAUGUGUAGAGGCUGUCUCUGAGAUGGCACCUAUGUCAAUCACUGACAUUUACAGCGUGUACAAACAGUUGGCAUUGAAGAUGAAUUCUGUCAGAGAUGCAGACACCGACCAUGGCAGGCCACUGACAGUGGAAGAAGGCGCCAGCAGACGUCAGAUGACUGACGAACACUGUGCCAUAAGCGCGCAGAUGUUGCUGCAGGAAGUUGAAGGGAUGGCGCCAGUUGACAGUGGCAUUUUCGUUGACGGUGUCAGCCACUGUCACGACGCUGACAAUAAAGACCCAUCAUCUGCUGAGGGAGAAAGUGGCCACGUCCAGCAUGGAACCGACGACGGUGCCUUCAGAGACAGUCAAGAAACUGCCACACCGCAACCUGUCCAGACCCCAGUGGUAUCUACAGCAACAACUUCAACCACACCUGGCGACUGCCCCCACCACGAACCUACACAACAAAGUAUCAGCAAGGGAGAUGAUCAGAUACAAGUAUUACCAUCAGCAUCAGCAUCGUCAGGAACAGCAACGGCGACAGCGCACGAUGAAAGCAAAAUGGCGGUCGAAGACAGCACGGAGGAGCGGUCUCAAAGAAAAAGGUUUCUGAAAGAAAAACUGGUUGCCCUGCGAGCCGAGAACCGCAAGUUGAAAGCGAGGCAGGUGUGUCGCCAGUGUCAUCAGCGUCCCGUGGCCUUGACCUUUCUUCCUUGCGGUCACUUCUGCUACUGCGAGAAGUGCGGGUCUUCGUUUGAAGUGUGCCCGGUGUGCAAACGGACUAUUCUCGCUGAUGUCAGGACGAUCGUCUCCUAACAUCUUCCCAGUGUUCCGUCUUCCCUCACUUCAGGGUCUCUAGCCUCGUUCCGGAAAACAAUACUCUCUUGACGUCACCAGCUUUAAACUUGCUCCGCCUGGAAAAAGAAGUUUGGUGGCUUUCUGGAAGGAAUAUUUUUGUUACUUCAUGAGAUUACUUUCAAGAUGGUGUGCGAGAGGGCAACCUUUGCUGACACCUGUGUAAAAUCGUGAACGAUGUAACAUUUUUUCAGAGGACCAAAAAAAAAUACUCAUGGUAAGACUCGAGGCAGUCACUUGCUGUGUUUGUCCGUGUUCAAAAAAAAUUUACUUUGUGAUUUUUGCUUUAUUUUUCUCGGUCUAUUUUGUCUGUUCUAGCAUCUUUCUCUUUUCUUCUCUCGAUCUCUCGAUCCCAUGCCCUCACCAUUCCUAUCUCGGUAACUUGGUUUUAUAUUCUUACUCCGUCCAAAUUGAAAUGUAUGCACGCAUUCACUCCAGCAAUUACUCUCAAGAGAAGUGACUGCAAGAUGCACGUGUUUGUGUGUGUGUGAGAGAGAGAGCAGAGAUGCAGGGUUGUCUGCGCCCCACCUCGAGAGAGCUGCUCGGGCGCAGAUGCACACCACAUGCAUGCUGACUAGUCUGCGUGCGCGCUCGUGUGUGUGUGUGUGUGUGAUGUAAAUGAAUGUAUUUAUUCAAAGAUUAUCGACUUUUAAGUGUUUUACACUUGUUCCUGUCAAUAAAGAUAGGCUUUGUCAUCGUGCA